AUGUCCUCAGAAGAUUACAAAAGGAAGAUGACCACUUUACCUCCCACCCCCGAGGGUAUGUCCAAGAGCAAAUGGAAAAAGGUGUGGAAGAAGCAGAGAUAUAAUAUUAUGAAAGAAGAAUAUGCCCAGAUUCGUAAGGAAAAGCGUAAGAGGGCAAGGGAAAAUAGACGUGCAAGAAUUCAAGAGUAUAUCGAUAGGGGUGAAGAAAUUCCAAAAGAACUCAAACGUCAACCUCGAGAGAAUCCAAAUCAAAAGGAUUCUGGAGUCAAUAUUGUUUUAGAUUGUGGAUUUGACGAUCUCAUGAAUGAUAGGGAAAUUGUGAGUAUGUCCAAUCAAAUUACCAGAGCUUACUCCAGUAAUAGACGUGAAAAUCAUUUUACUCAUAUGAAAGUAACUUCCUUUGGUAAAAGGUUGAAGAAUAGAUUUGAUGAAGAAAUGAAAGGAUGCCACUAUGAGCAGUGGAAAAAUUUCGAAUUCCAUGAAGAUGAUCAAUUGAUUAUGGGGCCGGAUGUUGAUAAAACUAAACUGGUAUAUCUUACCGCGGAUACAGAUGAUAAAUUAGAAACUUUAGAGCCAGGAAUGACUUACAUCGUUGGUGGGAUUGUAGACAAGAACAGACACAAAGCAUUAUGUUAUAAUAAGGCUAAGGAAAUGGGCGUUCCUGCUAAAAGGCUACCCAUUGACGAAUUUAUCAAUAUUUCCGGGCGUAAAGUGCUAACAACUACUCAUGUGGUUCAACUGAUGCUUAAAUAUUUUGACAAUCACGAUUGGAAAGAGGCAUUUGAAUACGUGUUACCGCCAAGGAAAUUGGAUCAAGAAAAUUCACAGGACGAUGAGGAUGAUGAAGAUGAAGAAAGUGAAGAUGGUGAGAGCGAAGAAGGUGGCGAAUAA